ACGAUCGACUCUUUUGCCGUCAGUCUAUCGUGAAACUUCGAACGGAUAAAAUGGGAAGAGAUAGCAUAGAAGAAAUAGGAAUUGCCAACAUCCUGAGGUCAUUUAAUUGGAAUACAAAACUCUUAAAAUGCGUGGGAAUUUGGCCAUUGAAGAUCUACGAUCCAAUUUUUUUCUUCUUCUUCAUAUAUCUCUUAAUUCAUUGUUCUUUAACUUUCGCACAUUUGAUUUACGCUCCGAAAACCGUUGAUAUUGUCGUAUCGAACAUAGCUGAAAAUAUUAUGUUAACGAUGACUCUUACGAAGAUAACAAUCGUUAGAAUCAACAAAGAACCAUUGGCUAAAUUGUUGAUGGAAAUAAAAGAGUUUUCACUAUCUGAAAAAUACAAUAGUAAAGAGCAGAAAGUGAUAUUCUUGAAAUAUACUAAAUUACCACCACGUUUUAUUCUAGCAGCAGUUAUUUCAAUGACAAUAUCUGCUUCAUUGUAUUACGUGAAUGGAGUUAAGGUUGGAAUUCAAAUUGCAAAACAAAAUAAUUCUAUGGGUUAUCAGUUGCCGUACAAAACAUUAGAAAUCAUCGAUUUAAGAGACAGCAAGAUUUACGCUUUGAUUUGUGUUUAUCAAAUAGUGAUCGUACCUUCUAUCGUUUUUGGUUACGUAGGAAUCGAUUGCAUGUUCGUCAAUUUGUCCGUUUUAAUAAUCGCACAAUUCGCCAUAUUGUCCGAUAAAGUGAAAGAAGCAUUAAAUAAUUCUGAAAAUUAUCAUGAGGGUAUUAAGAAAGUUGUACUACGACAUUAUCAUUUGAUAAGAUUGGCGGAAAGAUUGGAAGAUAAUUUUAACAUCGUGAUCAUGCAGCAACUAUUGGGUACCACCAUUCAUCUUUGUAUUUCCGGUUAUCACUUAUUGAUGAGUAAAGAAUCGAAAGAUGGUUUAACAUUGAUCUUAUUUAUUUUGUACGGCUUUUGUGUGAUGAGCACACUUUUUAUUUACUGUUUCAUCGGCGAAUGUCUUAUUCAAGAAAGUACAAAUUUUGGUAACGCUAUUUACAAUUACGACUGGUAUAACUUAUCGUCGAUGGAUUCGAAAUUUUUUCUUAUUUGUAUGAUACGAACGAAGAAGCCGCUAUAUUUAACUUCUGGCAAAUUUGUCAUCUUGUCCUUGACCAUCUUCACAGAUAUCGUCAAAUCUUCGAUGGGAUAUUUAUCAGUCCUACGAACAUUUUUGUAAACAAGACGAAAGUGAGAUGGAUUAAGUAGUAACAAUUUCUUUUUUCUUUUUCUAAUUCGAUUUCCUUCGUACGAAGACAAAUAUUUUGUAUAUUGUUG